GGGGCCGGUGCCGCCCGCCCGACACCGCGGCGUUUGUGCUCUUUCCCCUCCAGGAUCAUGGAGUUCUUGCCGCCGUUCCAGCGCGUGGUGCAGCCCGAGGAGAUGUGGCUUUACAAAAACCCCUACGUGGAGGCGGAUCACGUACCCACAGUACCCAUGUUUUUCAUCGCGUUUCUGUCUCCUUUAUUGCUCAUUGUCCUGGCGAGGGUGUUCAUGAACGCCGACCAAGAUGACACGCGGGAAGCCUGCCUGGCUGCAAGCCUUGCUCUUGCCCUCAACGGGGUUUUCACAAAUGCCUUGAAGCUCAUCGUGGGGAGGCCACGGCCAGACUUCUUCUACCGCUGCUUCCCCGACGGCCGAGCGAAUGCGGAGCUGGUGUGCACGGGCGACCCUGGCGUGGUGACCGAGGGCCGCAAAAGCUUCCCCAGCGGACACGCGUCGUUUGCCUUCGCUGGCCUCGCCUUCUCGGCCUUCUAUGCAGCCGGGAAGCUGCGCUGCUUCGCUCCCGGCCGGGGCGGCAGAGCUCUGCGGCUCUGCGCCUUCCUCCUCCCGCUCUUCCUUGCCACACUCAUCGCCGUGUCCCGAACCUGCGACUACAAACACCACUGGCAAGAUGUGUGCGUUGGCUCAGCGAUUGGCUUCCUGCUUGCAUACCUCUGCUACAGGCAGUAUUACCCUCCUCUGAUGGACUCCAUGUGCCACAAACCACUUCUGUACAAAUCCAAAGAAUUGCCAGUGCACCAAGAAAAGCCUGUGGCUUCCAGCUUUCACCUGGACAUCUAGUGACGGGCUCUGUCCUGCUGGCACCUCCUGCUCCUUCAGUGCUGGGGCAGGGCAGCGCGCGGGGAGGUUGCUCACGGUCUGCAGGAAAUAGCUGGAGUAAGGACGGACCUGAAGGCCAAGCAGGUUUCUCUGCGGCGCUGGUACGUUGUCUGCUCCGGGGCCUGUGUCACUCCUUUAACUGAAUGUUGUCAGGGUCCCUCCCCUUGAGCCUGUGAGAGGUUGGACCCAGGAAGGUGCUGAAGAACUGGAAAAAAGGACAGUCUGGUGUGUCCCGUGCGGGGGAGUUCAGGCGUCCAGUCCAGAAAGCACCAUCGGUCGUGUCCCUUCUGGUGGGAAGGAAGAGCAGGACCGGCUCCCGGUGCCAGGCCUCAGUCCGUCUUUUCAAUUGCAGCUGAGCUAAUUGGAGUAACGAGCAGGAGGUUGCAGGCUUUAACCGUGGAUUAAGUGGGGAGAGGGAAGGUGAAGCUAGUGUGAUUGUUAUUUGUGUUACUGUGCCAGCCCUGAUUUCUUCUAAUUGGCCAAAUAAAGGAGUUUAAUUUUUUUAAUGAACUGUGGUACUAAACGCUUUACUUAAGGACUCCAAGGGUUGACUGCUGUACAAACCACUUCCUUUGCUGUGUCUGCAGGGCUGUUGAUUCUCUAUCUCUUUCCUUGCAGCUUUAAUACAGUUGUAAAGAGGUGACAAUCUGCAGAAAAGGAAAUGGUGUCUGAAAUCAGCCCUUCAGAGGUGCUUGUUUCUCUACACCAUGGUUUGUUUGCUCAGACAGAGCCAAGGCACAGCUGUGUGGCAGGACUGUUGUAAGUAGUUCCUGGUCACUGGUCUCCACAGAAAUGUCUGUUCUUGACCAGGUGUGUGCACGUGCAGGCAGCAGAGGGGAGGCUGUGCCCCAGCACGUGUCUCUGCCAGCCUCGGGAUGUGACAGUAAUGGGAACACCACCUCAUCCUCCUCAGUUUGGGCCACACGAGCCCUCUGCAACCCUGCAACUUCAGCAGAAGUUAC